CAGAUAAGCUUCUCACAUCCGUAUAUCCCCUAUGGACAUCUCCGUCGAUUCUCAUUCUUCUCUCUAUCACAGCAACUUUCAGAUUCAUAGCAGACGAAGAACUAGACCUAGCAGCUUGGUCUAGGGACAAUGAGGCAAAUUCCCACUCAAGUAUAAAUUUCUUAUCUACACUUAGAAUCCUCCGCCUCUUUCAUGAAAAAGAAUCAGAAAAAGCUAAGGCACAGUUAAAAGAAUCGUGCGUAUCCAUCUCUGAUAAAAAAAUUGUAGGGGAGGGCUGCGUGAAACAUCCUCAAGCUAGGGUUAUAACCCCAACUAUGGAUUCUGACGAGAAAGACGGUUGGCCUAGCAAGACCACCGGCUGCAGUUGAAGAAAAAGAAUAGAUUUGGAUGAGCAAUGCUCACCAUGUGUUCGAUGAAAUGACUCAAAAACAUGUAGAGUCAAGGUAACAUUUCAUUUCUUCCUACUUGGUUUAGUACUGGUCAUACUGUGUUAUUUCAGACUUGAAAUGCCAUUUGAAGAGAUUGGGUAUCUCAAAGCUUAGACAAGCUCUCACAAGUUUAGGGAGAACCAAACAACAAUUGAAGAUAUUUAUGGAGAGGGAUGCCAAGUAGAUAGAUGCGCGAAUAUUUUCUCUCAAAUUUCAACAAAACUUCAUCCAUCUCGAGUCUCGAGUGGAAGGAAGGAGGAAGAAAGAGGCGAGGGAAAUGGCGAGGAGACCAGACGAAGAGUACGAUUACUUAUUCAAGGUUGUGUUGAUCGGAGAUUCUGGAGUCGGCAAAUCCAACUUGCUCUCCCGAUUCACCAGAAACGAGUUCUGCCUCGAGUCCAAGUCGACCAUCGGCGUUGAAUUCGCCACCCGUACUCUUCAGGUUGAGGGGAGAACGGUAAAGGCUCAGAUAUGGGACACUGCUGGGCAGGAGAGAUAUCGCGCCAUAACCAGUGCGUACUACAGGGGUGCACUAGGGGCUCUGUUAGUGUACGACGUGACAAAGCCAACAACCUUUGAGAAUGUGAGCCGUUGGUUGAAGGAACUCAGAGACCACGCGGAUUCAAACAUAGUGAUCACACUGAUUGGGAACAAAUACGACCUGGGCCACCUCCGUGCAGUUGCCACAGAGGAUGCCCAAAGCUACGCCGAAAGGGAAGGGCUCUCUUUCAUCGAAACGUCUGCUCUGGAGGCAACCAAUGUGGAGAAGGCGUUCUUGACCAUUCUCUCAGAGAUCUAUCGGACGAUUAGUAAGAAGUCUCUUUCUUCGGAGGAGCCAUCCGUAGGUGCUAAUAUCAAAGGAGGGAAGACCCUUGAUGUUAGCUCACAACAAGAUGGCAACAUCAAAAAACCUUGCUGCUCUUCGUCUUGAUGGUCCUCUCUUUUUCUCAUAUUUGCCAUUGAUCUUUUGUGUUUUGGCUUUUUAUUAUUGUUUUAAUUCACUUCAUUCCUCCCAUAUGAGGGCUGAAAAUACCAGCCAAAAACCCCUCUUAUUUCACAUAAUAGACCUGCCAUUUCCCCCCUUAUGUUCCCCAGCAAAUCUGCACAGCCCUGACCCACCACCAACCCAAUCCACCCUCUCUUGUUCCCUGCAUAACACCCAGGA